GGGGCGGAGGGGCCCUCCCCGGGUCCUGCCCUGCCCUCAGCGGCGGCGGCUCCCGGCUGUCGGGGGAGGGAGAACCGCGUUGCACCGCCGGGCCCUCCCCUUCCCGACAGAGGCAGCGCCACGUCUCGGGCAGGAGCCGGCGCCAGGCGGGCGGCCCCAGACAAUGCAGCUCCUUGGUGAUCACAACUUUGGCUGUGAGCUGGUUUCAUAAUCUGGAAUUACUGUCUGCCUGCUGCACACCAACAGCUGUGAAGCUCAGAGCUGUGCUCCUGUGUAACAUCUUGAUGCUGUUGUUGCUGAUGGAGAGAAAUAGGACUUGGUAGUUCACUUGGUGGCAAAUUUUUCAGAAGAAAAACUUCCCAGGGGUCUGGAUUAUUUUUACCAUGGACUCCUCCAUCCAGCAGGACACUCUCUUGGAGAACAGAAGCAGUAAUGGAGCCCCUAGCAGCUCUGAAGAACUUCUGGAUUGUAAAACGGAGUCAGACUUGCCAGUUACAACAGAUGAAACCAACACUCCCAGUAUUGACAACAAGGAAGUGCCAAAUGAAGAGGGAAGUCUGGUGAUAAACAGCAACGUGGACACCUGCCAGGAUGGGCCAGAGUUGCUUUUCCCUGAUUCUCCUGUAUCUUUUGACCCCACCAGCAGUGCUCAGGGUCAAGAGUCGUCCCCAGGUGUGACUGGUUUCCAUGACAGCCUAAGGAAGUCUCAGGGAACUAGUGCUGAGGGCAUAGUUCUUAGGAAAGAAGCUUUGCAGUCUCUCAAACUAAGUCUUCCCAUGCAAGAAACUGAAUUGUGCUCAGUAGAGUCUUCACUCCCACUGGAGAAGGAAGAACAAAUAAGACUUCAAGCAAGGAGACGGCUUGAAGAACAACUGAAACAAUAUAGAGUGAAGAGACAUCAAGAAAGAUCUAAUCAGUCUACAUCCAAAAACCGGCCCUCCAGCACCCUAGAUCCUGAGCUGAUGUUAAAUCCAGAAAUCUUGCCAAGAGCUAGCACUGUAGCAAUGACAAAAGAAUACUCCUUUUUGCGGACCAGUGUCCCCAGGGGGCCAAAACUGGGUAGCCUAGGACUUCCAGCAUCCUCUAAGGAGAGAAGAAGUCUAAAAUCUAAGCCCGGUAAGAUCCGGUCCUUGGCUGACUACAGAACUGAAGAUUCAGACUCUGGAAGUGCUCCUGGAAAUUUGGUGGCUACUGAUUUACCUGGUGGGACUCUGAAGCAAAGCAGAAGUGGCCCAACAUCAGUUGUUUCUGAGAUCAGUCUGCCCUCUGACACGGAUGAUCGAGUAGAGAAUUCCUCUUUGGCAGGAGACAGUUUUUCGGAGAUUGACGGGAGUGAAGUGGGAAUGAGGCUGGAUGGAAAUGAGAGUGACAGCUCUACCUACAGCAGUGUGUCAGGAAGAGGGCUGUGUAACAGUUUACAGAAUGCAGAAGGCAAGCAGGGUAUUCCAUAUACAAUAAAUGGUCAGAAGAUACAUCCUGAAGCAAUGGGGCAGUUCCCUUCUAUCAGUGAUGUGCUCCAGGCUGCGGCAGUGGAGCGUCAAGCCCAAGAGCAGGAAGUUAAUGGGGAGGCACGGAGCAGGAGGGACAGCAUUUCCAGCAGUCUUUCUGUGGGAAGCUCUGUCGCAGGAACUCAUGAUGAGAUGUUGCAGGUUCUGAAGGAGAAGAUGAGACUUGAAGGGCAACUAGAAGCACUCUCAGUAGAAGCUAAUCAGGCUCUCAAGGAGAAGACUGAGCUACAAGCCCAACUUGCAGCUUUGAACAUGAAGCUUCAGGCACAGAUGGAGCACAGCCAAAACAGCCAGCAGAAGCAGGAAUCUCUGAGUUCAGAAGUGGCCACAUUAAAGCAGUCUUGCUGGGAUCUGGAACGAGCAAUGGCUGAUCUGCAAAAUACCUUGGAAGCAAAGAAUGCUAGUUUGGUUUCUUCAAAUAAUGACUUGCAGUUAGCAGAGGAACAAUACCAAAGACUCCUGCUGAAAGUUGAAGAUAUGCAAAAAAAUGUUCUCACGAGAGACAGCACAGUUCAUGAUCUGCGACAGCAGUUGGCUUCCUUACAGAACCAGCUUCAGAAGGUGCAGUUGGAAAGGACCACACUGACCAAUAAGCUGAAGGCAUCUGAGACAGAAAUCACAUCACUCCAAAAUGUGAGGCAGUGGUACCAGCAGCAGCUUGUGCUGGCUCAGGAGGCCCGGGUCAGGCUGCAGAGUGAGAUGGCCAAUAUACAGGCUGGGCAAAUGACCCAAGCAGGUAUGUUGGAACAUCUCAAACUAGAGAAUGUGGCACUCUCUCAGCAGCUGACUGAAACACAGCACAGAUCCAUUAAAGAAAAGGAACGUAUUGCAGCACAGCUGCAAAACAUUGAGGCUGACAUGUUAGAUCAAGAAGCUGCCUUUGUGCAGAUUCAAGAAGCUAAAACCAUGGUGGAAGAAGAUUUGCAGAGAAAACUGGAGGAGUUUGAGGAUGAGAAAGAACGUCUUCAGAAAAUGGCUGAUUCUGCAGCAACAUUGGAGCAAGAAUUGGAACAGGUGAAGCUGACUUUACAGCAGCGAGAUCUGCAGCUUGAAUCUUUACAGCAAGAACACCUCGACCUAAUGAAACAAUUUACUCUGAUCCAAGAGACCUUGCACACCAAAGAGCAGUCCCUGGAUGACCUGCAAACACAGUAUGAUGAACUGACAGCCAGAUUAGAAGAAUUCCAAAGUGAUGCUACUUCUAAAGAUGACAUGAUCCAGUAUUUGCAGAAUGAGAAGAUUGUCUUGGAAGUAGCUCUGCAGGCAGCAAAAGCAAACAAAGAGCAACUUGAUGAAGGAGCAGUGCACCUGCAAGAAGAUACAGAAGUAACAUCAGAAAUCUUGGAACAACUGAGGCAAGAAAUGGCAAUCAAGUCAAGCCAGGUAGAAAAUCUGCAACAAGAAAAUGCCAGUGUUAAAAAACAGGUUCAGAAAGUGAAGGAACAAUUUCUGCAGCAGAAGGUGAUGGUGGAAGCUUAUCGAAGAGAUGCAAGUUCUAAGGAUCAGCUGAUAAGUGAACUGAAAGCCACAAAGAAGCGGUUGGACUCGGAAGUGAAAGAGUUAAAACGUGAGCUCCGGCAAAUUCAAGUUGAAAAACAGUCCCUUGAAUCAGAACAUUCAAAGCUACAGAAGGAAGUAUCUCAGGUUCACCAGCAGAUGGCGGAAAUAGAAAAUCAUCUUCAGUCAGUGCAGAAAGAACGGGAUGAAAUGGAAACACGCCUGCAGUCCUUGCAGUUUGAUAAGGAACAAAUGGCAUCUCUUGCUGAGGCAAAUCAGGCAUUGAAACAACAAGUAGAACAAAUGCAAGAAGAAGCAAAGAAGGCCAUUACUGAGCAGAAACAGAAAAUGAAGCGUCUGGGGUCAGAUCUGACGAGUGCUCAGAAAGAGAUGAAAGCAAAACAUAAAGCUUAUGAGAAUGCAGUUGGCAUUCUUAGUCGUCGGCUGCAGGAAUCUCUUGCUGGAAAGGAAUCUGCUGAAGCAGAGUUGAACAAACUAAAAGCACAAAUCACUGAUGGUGGAAACAACCAGAUUGCUCAAGAAAGGAUUCAAGCUCUGGAGACUGAAUUGCAAGCUGUCAGCAGCAGUAAGUUGAUGCUGGAAAAAGAGCUGCAAGAAGUGAUUUCACUUACCAGCCAGGAGCUUGAAGAAUACAGAGAGAAAGUGCUGGAACUUGAGGAUGAGCUUCAGGAAUCUCGAGGCUUCAGGAGGAAGAUAAAACGUUUAGAGGAAACUAAUAAGAAGUUGGCCCUUGAACUGGAACAUGAACGUGGAAAACUUACAGGUCUUAGUCAGUCCAAUGCUGCUUUGCGGGAGCACAACAAUAUCCUUGAGACAGCAUUAGCAAAAAGAGAGGCAGACUUGGUACAGCUGAAUCUACAGGUUCAGGCAGUCCUAAAGCGGAAAGAGGAAGAGGAUCAGCAAAUGCAACAACUUAUUCAAGCUUUACAGGCUUCCUUAGAGAAAGAAAAGCUAAAAGUUAAAGAACUUAAGAAGCAGGAAGCAGCAGCCAAGGCAGAUGCAGCACAUAACCGCCGGCAUUACAAAGCUGCUGUGCUUGAGCUCAGUGAAAUAAAGAAAGAGCUACAUGCCAAAGAACUGCUUGUCCAAGCCCUGCAGGUUGAAGUGGACAAACUGCAGGUAGAGGAUGCAAAACAUUCCCAGGAGGUAUCACAGUUCCAGCAAGAACUGGCAGAAGCCAGGUCUCAGCUCCAACUUCUGCAGAAAAACCUGGAUGACAAGCUUAGUGAACAGCCUGUAGUAAGCCAAGAGGUGGAAGACCUCAAGUGGGAAGUAGAAAGAAAAGAAAGAGAAAUUGAAACCCUUAAGCAGCAGCUGGAUAUGAGUGAACAGCGCAGCUACAAGGAGUUAGAAGGGAUACAAGUUGUCUUGCAGAAUAUCAAGACUGAGUUGGAAGUUGUGAGGGAAGACCUGUCAGUGACUCGGAAGGAUAAGUUUAUGCUGCAGGCUAAAGUGACUGAACUGAAGAAUAGCAUGAAGUCACUGCUGCAGCAGAACCAGCAACUGAAGUUGGACCUGAAGCAUGGCAAGAUGAAGAAGAGGAAGGAACUGAAAGGAGAGAAUAACUCCUCUAAUCCUGUGACUCCAGUCAAGAUUCCAGAUUGUCCAGUGCCUGCUGCCUUGUUGGAAGAACUGUUGAAACCAUCAACAGCUGUGAGCAAGGAGCCCCUAAAAAAUCUGAACAGCUGUCUCCAGCAAUUAAAGCAGGAGAUGGACAGCCUGCAGCGUCAGAUGGAGGAACACACCAUUACAGUACAUGAAUCCAUGUCCUCCUGGACUCAGAUUGAGGGGCAGCUAAUGGACCUUACCUCUGCCAGUCCUGCAAACGCAUCAGAACAGCUGGAGAUUCCUCCUGUAGAUGAAAAGAAACAGAAUUGUAGCAUCAGUGACAGGGAAGCUGUGACACUAUAACCUCCUUAUCAGUUGUCUUUCUUCCUAUUGCUUUAAGUAUGUAAACAAAUCUUUAUCAAAAUUAUUUAUUUAUUACAUUUUUAAAGAUGGUGUUCAGAGUUGUGCUUUUGCCUGUAGAAGCAAAGGGCAUGGUUUUGAGAAACUGAUGUAAUGUUAAAUGCAGAACACACUAUUCCAAGGGUUUGUUUGAAACCUUGCCAUAAUAAUUCUGUCAUGCUGGGGACUGCCAAGUGGUAAAUCUACUCAUUUGGGGAUUUAGUUAUGAGAUUCAGAUGAAGUCUUAAAAAAAGGUGAAGAGGAGCAUCUGGUUCCAGGUCUGUAUUUGUUCAAGCUGGGUGAGUUUGUUGAGGAGUGUUACUUUUGUAACAUCUGGGUGUUGUUUUUUUGGUUUUGCCUUUUUUUUUUUUUUUUUUAAUUUGAGGGGCAAGAAUGUGUCUGUGUUUCCCCUCAUGUUGAGUUGCAUCAAAAUGACAGGGAAAAAUAAGAUCUGCUCAUGGUCAGCCAUUUGACUUGAGAACUGGAUAUUCUGAACAUCUGCUCCUAUAAUCUUUUAUUCCUGAAAUUCAGAUUACAGAUAUAUGUAUGGGAAGAAAAAAAUCCUUUGAAGCCAUUUUUAAUUAUGGAGAGGACCUAUAGCAAAAGAAACAAGACUGCAGUGCAGACCAGUAUGUAUCUUUGCCAAGAAUGUUUUCUGAAGAGUCAGUUUUUCUCCCACAGUUGCAGGCCAGUAGAGAGCUUUGCUUCAACUGAGUAAAUACUUCUUGCACCUUUAAGUUCAACUUUUGAAGUAGACACCCUUGAAAAAGGUAUAUGUGUAAUAUAUAUAUAUAUAUAUGUAUAAGAAAAAAAUCAUAAUUUUCUGACUUUGAAUAUCUGUUUUAAUAUACUUAUAUAUUGUAAGUUAAUGCUGACAUGAGGGGUUUUUGUUAUUGGCAUUGUUCUAAUGUUACAUUUAAGUUCACUGUUUUUUGACAUACUGUACAAAUGGCUUAGGGAAAUUAGCCCUAAAAGCCAGAGCUUUUAGAAAUGUAAUUAUUUUUACUUCAAAAGAUGAAAUUAUAAUGCCUAUAAAAUUAUUAUUUUUUUUUAUUAGCUUUAUCUUCUCCCAUAUGCUUCUCCUACUUUUUGCACCCUCUGUUACAAGGUGUCCACCAUGAAUGGAAAUGCUGGUACUGUGGCAGCCCCUCUGCAGUGCACCUUGACCAGGUUAUUCUUAAUGCAUCCCACUUCAGAUUCCUUCACCUUUGGUUCCAUUGCUCCAUGUGGAUUUUAAUGCAGCAAUAAGCCUGCCCUCUCCUCAUUCAGAAACUCUCUAUGGAGGUACUGUUUCCCUUAAUGUGCUAAAGCACAAAUCAAAAUAUAUGUAACAGAUAACGUGGAAGAGUUAGUGUUAGCUCAUGUACUAACAUGUUUUUGUCUUUAAAACAUACAGAAAACAGGUCAGUUAUAUCCAUUAUGGUUUGGCAUUUUAAAAAUGAUCUAGGAAGUACAAGUAGAUUAAGUGGCUGGGGAAAAGAAACAAAUUUUAAUUCAUGUAUUUUCCCAAAAAGGCUGUUGCUGCUUUUGGGUGAGUUUGGUUGUUGGGGGGGUGUGUGUAAGUUAUUGCAGUUUACUUAGCUGUAAGGCAAAAAGUGAGCAAACAAACAAAAAACCCAAACCCAUCCAUAUUUAUCCAAAGUCUGAACUCUCCUAAUUGCCAUUUUAAGCUCUAAUCCAUUUGAACUUUGUACUUAGUGUCUAUACUGACUGAUUUCAUGCCACUCACCUAUUGGAUUUUAACUUAAAUUUUAGUGGGACCAAAGUCAAGUGAAAAUUCAAGGUUUUGGAAUUGGUGAAGGAAGAAAUGCAUUAGCCUGCUAUUAGGUGCCCAUCAUAGAGAAUUACCAAACAAAUAAAAGCAAAGUCAAAAGCCUUAGACUAGCUUAGACACAUUAAUGUCUACAUAUACUGCUGCAGUCUGAUUUGCAGAGUAAAUGGUACUGAUUAUCUCACUGCUGUCAUGUUCUUGAAGUUGUCUGUAUAUUAAGCACAAAGAAGAAAAAUGUGCAGUAUUGUUAAAGAACAAAAUUAAAACUACAUAAUAAAGAAUAUAUUUAGUAUGGAAAAGUUGCCAAACGUUCAGGAUUUUACAUAAAAGAACUGUUGUGUAGUAUUAAUAUUGCUGUUCAUUUUGGUAAACACAUUGUCUGAAGUUAAGAAUCCAUUCUUUUUUAAUCUCAAGUUUGGCAAUAGUUGUAUGGAUAAAGGUUUUAUCUGGUACCAAAGAAGCCAGAAUUGUUAAAAGCAUUAAUAGUUUUUCAGAAUGUCUGCUCUCCUUUUCAUAUCAGUAAUCAUACUGUGUCCUUUUUCCAGUGGAGUGCUGCAUUUUCUUAGUAGCUCCUUGUAAAGACAUCUGAGCUUGUACAAUCAAAUCACCUUAGAUGCAUGUUUUUCCUUUUGUAGAUGAGGUAGCUGUUGUGAAGUGCUCAGAUUAGAUUUCUGCAUUGACCCACCUGGACACUCCAUAUUUUCAUUUUUUUUAUAAACCGAAGCACCAUGCAAUUUCCUUAAAUGAAGGACAGAGAGUGAGACUUGAGGAUCUGACUUUGUUGAGGUACUAAGUUGGGGAAGUCACUGGGAAGCCUUCUAGAAAGAGUACACAGCAUGUCAUAAAAGCAAGGCCUUUUGUUUGAAGCUCAUGUUUCUUUAUUAUCCAGAUAAAUAGUUACUGUUUUAUUAAAAGGCCUCACACUGAGGAUGAGAUUGCUCAUACAAAGCUUUAGGUCCCCACCAGCUAGGCAAUAAAACAAAGUAGUAAUGACAGCUGCCCCCCCUCUGCCUGUUACAGCACUGCCAAAUACAUCAGAGGAAAAUCAGUGCCUCAGUAACACUGGUGUACUUGUAGAAACUGAUACAAAAUCUCUUCAAGAUUUUUUUUCUUUUCCUUUUCCAAGUGCUGCAAAAGAAUGUAUUUUCUGUGUCUGUUUCUUCAGUGGUUGCUACUAUUAAACCAAGACUUGCUGAUGAAGGAGAAAUGUCACUGUAAUGUGAGAAUGUUUCCCAAGUGAUGGAAGUUGGUAAACACUGCAGCAUUACUUUUGCAGAUGCUGUUGGGUUUUUGAGGACUCUUGAAAAAUUGUGCAUU